UCCGCUUCUUCCGCUGGGCUGCCGGGGGCUCUUUCCCGCGCAGUCCGGUUCCAGGCGUCUCACACGGCAGCGGGGCUAGAGGCGUUCCAGAGCCAGGUGCCAGCACCCUGAGGGCCCGGUGACCCAGAGGCUGUUUGUCCUACUGAGAAGCACCUGUGGUUUUGUUUCUCCGCUCAGCAAAAUUAUGGAAGCAGGUUGCCUUGGCCAGCUGUUCGUUGGUGGGCUCACUAGAGAAGCCACGGAAGAGACGCUAAAAGCAGUAUUUGAGAGACAUGGUCCCGUUUCUGAAGUUCUCUUGAAGAAAGAUGGAAGCAUGAAGUGCAGAGGCUUCGGGUUCAUUACUUUUGAGAACCCUGCAGAUGCUGAACUUGCUGCCAGCGAGUUGAAUGGAAAGUUUGUGGAUGGAAAAACAAUGAAAGUAGAACAAGCCAAGGAACCGUUUUUUCAAAGUGGUGGCAGGCAGGGAACACUGCGUUUUUCAAGAAAGAGGAGACCCACAGGAGAGCAGAGAUCUGCAAGUGGAAGUAGAGGACAGACGAGACGUCGGCAUCCCUCACGUGGAGAACGCUUGGAUGGUGGUGAAUCCACUCGUGAUCUCAACGUGAGUUCUUUCAGGGGAACUUUUCCAGUCGAGAGCCGUCCAUCUUCAGCGAGCGGAGGUCCUCAUCCUAAAAGAUCUGCUCCUUUUACUGUGGCUAGAAGCAAUAGUGGGAUGGGAGAGAGAAGUUCCCCAUCACGUGGAAGAGGGAAUUACCGAGGUCCUUCACACGGAAUGUCAGUCUCUUCCUGGAGACGUGACCGUAUGUCACCAAAACAUGGUGGUUAUGCAACUAAGAAUAGAAGUAAUCCAAGUUUCCGAGACACCAAGGAAUAUGCUUCGAUUCGCAGACACCGUGCAUACCGUGAUCACGCUCGUUCUAGACAGGAUAAAGGUCCCACCAGAGGAUAUAGUGGUCAUGAUGGCUACGGAAGGCAUGGUGGUAGAGAUCAUUUUGAACGUCCUGGUAGCAGUCCUAACGGAGCGUCAUAUCAGACAUAUAGUCCCCCAUCACGUGGAAGAGAGUUUUACGGAGGAGGCCCUUCACGCGGAAUGUCAGUCUCUUCCUGGAGACGUGACCGUGUGUCAGGAAAAGAUGAUGGUUAUGCACUAAGAAUCAGAAAUAAUCCAAGUUUCCGAGACACCAUGGAAUAUGCUUCGAUGAGUAGACACAAUGCAUACCGUGAUCACGCUCCUUCUAGACAGGAUAAAGGUUCCACUAGAGGAUACAGUGAUCAUGAUGGCCACGGAAGGCAUGGUGGUAGAGAUCAUUUUGAACGUCGUAGUAGCAGUUCUAACAGAGCGUCAUAUCAGAUACAUAGGACGUCUCGUGGUGCAGCACCUGCACAGGGGCCUCGGAAGACUUAUGGUGGAAGCAGUUUCCCUGAUGAUAACAAUGCGCGAGAUAGGUAUGGCAGAAGUCGGGAGAAGUACUCAAGGAGCCAUGGUGAUUUCUCUUCCACUGAUGCUGAGCAUUGUGGCAGAAAAGAACCAACGUGUCCACCGUCUGUGGAGAGAAUGAACCGUGCUUCUCCUGAAGCACAUGGGAGCUCAAGAGAUGGGACACCUAAGGGAGAGGAUGGGGGAAGGCGAUCUGAAAAAGGAGACUGAAGGUGCUGCUAAAAAUCAUGAUUAUUGCAUACCAGACCUUGCUGUUGAAUGGCAAAUCAAUAUGUGGUUUCUGCAUUAUUACCUGAGUAUCACUAUAAGAAAUAGGUUGUUUUGGGGAGGAAGGGGAGAUACUUCCUUCAUGAAUGUUUUUGAGGUAUUAAGCUAAAGCUUAUUUUUUGCAAGUAAUUUUACAACUGUUAGUGCCAACUGAAUUGAAAACUAUUCUGCUUUGAUGUAAUGUCCGUUUUAACAUUUCCGGAAUAAAAUUUUCCAUGUA